CGUUCCUCCUCCUCGGCUCUACUUGUCUUGGGCAGUUAGCAGCGGCGUUACGCAGCUUUGAACCUACGACCCCCGGGAAGCAGCUGUCUGACCUUAAAAUAACCAAACUUCUCAACAAAUAAUCCAGGAACCAUGACUAGCUACCACAAACCCGACGAAAAAACUCUGCAGGGGCUGAAAGACAUCGCUAACAAGCUCAGGAUCAACUCCAUCAAGGCGACAUGUGCCUCCAACUCUGGUCACCCCACAUCAUGCUGCAGUGCAGCAGAGCUCAUGUCUGUGCUCUUCUUCAACACCAUGCGCUAUAAAGCAGACGACCCUCGCAACCAGUGCAACGACCGCUUUGUGCUCUCAAAGGGUCAUGCUGCACCUGUCCUGUAUGCUGCCUGGGCAGAGGCGGGUUACGUGAAGGAGUCUGACCUGCUUAACCUGCGCAAGAUUGACUGUGAACUUGAGGGGCACCCUACACCAAAACUGGCUUUUGUUGAUGUGGCUACAGGAUCUCUGGGACAGGGUCUUGGUGCUGCCUGUGGGAUGGCCUACACCGGCAAACACUUUGACAAAUCAGGUUAUCGUGUGUACUGCAUGAUGGGUGAUGGAGAGUGUUCAGAGGGCUCCGUGUGGGAGGCCAUGGCCUUCGCCUCCUACUACCAGCUGGACAACCUGGUGGCUAUCAUGGACGUCAAUCGGCUCGGUCAGAGCGAGGCUGCACCCCUGAAGCACGACAUGGAGACCUACCGCAAGCGCUGUGAAGCCUUCGGGUGGAACACGUACGUUGUGGAUGGACACGAUGUGGAGGAGCUGUGCAAAGCUUUCUGGCAGGCUCAGCAGGUCAAGGGCAAACCCACCUGCAUUGUAGCAAAGACCUUCAAGGGCAAAGGCCUCAAAAAUAUUGAGGAUCUUGAUAACUGGCACGGAAAGCCCAUCCCUAAGGACAGGGUGGAUGACCUCCUAAAUGACCUGCAGGCUCUGAUCCAGGUCCCCAACAAGAGCCUGUCCCCUGAGCUGCCCAAAGAAGACACAGUACCUGCAGACCUGAGCUUAAUCUCCCUGCCUUCACCCCCAGCAUACAAAAAAGGAGACAAGAUGGCAACAAGGCGUGCAUACGGUGUGGCCCUGGCCAAGCUGGGCCAGACAAGCCAGAGAGUGAUCGCCCUUGAUGGCGACACCAAAAACUCUACCUUCUCAGAGACCUUUAAGAAAGCCUUCCCUGACCGCUACAUUGAGUGCUUCAUCGCUGAGCAGAACUUGGUGGGAGUGGCCAUUGGCUGUGCCACCCGCGACCGCACUGUUGCAUUUGCCAGCACAUUCGCCGCCUUCUUCUCUAGAGCCUAUGAUCAGAUCCGUAUGGGAGCCAUCUCUCAGACCAAUGUCAACCUGGUAGGGUCCCACUGCGGAGUCUCCAUUGGUGAAGAUGGUCCUUCCCAGAUGGCCCUAGAGGACUUGGCCAUGUUCCGUGCUAUCCCAACAUGUACUGUGUUUUACCCCAGUGAUGCAGUGUCUGCAGAGAGAGCUGUUGAGCUGGCAGCCAACACAAAGGGUAUCUGUUUCAUCCGUACCAGUAGACCAGACAAUGCAGUCAUCUAUUCUCCAGAUGAGAAAUUUGAAGUGGGCGUAGCCAAGGUGGUGCGCCAGUCUGACAGUGAUUGUGUGACUGUGAUUGGAGCCGGUGUCACUCUGCAUGAAGCCCUCUCUGCUGCUGAUACACUGGCUGGUGAAGGUAAGAACAUCCGUGUGAUUGACCCGUUCACCAUCAAGCCCCUGGAUGCCUCGACCAUUGUGGCGAGCGCCAGAGCCACAGGGGGACAGAUCAUCACUGUCGAGGACCACUACAAGGAGGGUGGUCUUGGUGAAGCAGUGCUGUCCGCAGUGGGCAAGGAGCCCGGCAUUGUUGUGAACCGGCUGGCCGUAACUGGUGUUCCCCGCAGUGGAAAGUCCCAAGAGCUGCUUGACAUGUUCGGCAUCAGCGCUAAGCACAUUGCCGACGCCGUGCGUCAGACCUUUGCAAACUAGAGACUGCACCUUAUCUCCCGCUCGCUGCUCUGUUCCAUCACAACCAACUUUCUGCCCAGCUUGUAGCUACCUGGUGUGAUCACAUGAAGACGUGCCAUCUUGUAGCUUUGACUCAAUGCAGUGUCUUAACCCUGUAUUAACUACCACAGAUGGAGAGAGAUGGGAAUAGGAGUGCACAAUAGUGUUUGUUACUUCCCCUUCACCACCAAGCACCAUCUCAUUCCUUUCUUGUAUCAUUGACCAUGGUUUCAAAAUGGUGAUGUCCAAGUAGCAUCACUGAAUACUGUAAAUGCGGUUUGUUGGCAGCCGCCCAGUCCUGAUCCAGUCAGGUCACCACUUCAGUUCUGCAUUCCAACCAUCCGACACAUUCCUCAUGUCAUCAGUAUUCAUGCCUCUUUUCCCCUUAAGUUACUGUUUUUCAUACCUCUUAACGUACAAGAUACAUUUUGUAUUCAUGUUUAGUCAGAGCUCUUGACGCUUAGCAGUGGUUCCAGGUCACCAGUCCUGUUAUACCUGUGUUGUGCUGAAUUAAAAAAAGAACUAACCCAA